CGUAAAACUGGCCGGUGUUGCAUUCGUCAACAUGGCGACCGUGCUGCGCCGGUGGACGGCAGCAGUGGCGUGUAUAUUGGCCUUAGCCUUGGCAACGGACAUGCUUGCAGAAUCGUAUGUGACUGCGUCUCUGCUAGACGAUGAAAUCACCACUUCCGUUGCAUGCCACGCUCAGACCAGUGGUCACUUGGAGGUGCUGGCGGCUGGUUCGUUUGCUCAGAGCGAGUUUUUUGCCUGCUUUCGGCCACAAGACCAAGUGUUUCAGUUCUUCGAUACCAUAGCCGAGAGAACGCGGCAGGCCACAGCCAAACGUCCUGUCAUGAUCGACAAAUUCACCAUUUCCACCACUGUGUUUGGUAGUACCUUCAUGGCAAUGACGUGUACUCGCUUACACGGGUCAAAGUACAUAUUGUUUUGAUUCACUUGUAUUUUGCAUGAUGCUAGGCCGAGACAUUCCAGCGUAUAAGCUGACCACAGGUCCUCGUUCCACCAAGCAAAGCAUCUACCUUCAAAGUGGCUUGCAUGCUCGUGAGUGGAUCUCCAUCACGUCCACAGCCUUCACUUGGGCCACUCUCCUUGAUGCCGCGACGUCGACAAAUUCGUCGCUGUCUGCCUUCGCUCAGGUGCUGGACGAAUACGACUGGGUAUAUGUACCCAUCGUGAACUUGGACGGGUACAUUUACACGUGGAGUGCCGAGAGCCGCCGAUACCACCGCAAGAACAUGCAAUAUCGUUCGUAUGACCCACUGGACAAUGCCACGAAUAUGACGGCGGGAGUCGAUUUGAACCGAAAUUUUGGCCCCAUCGACGACAACGACGAAGACAGCAUCGUGUACUCUGGACCUAAUCCGUUCAGCGAACCCGAAGUGCAAGGCAUUGCAGCCUUUGUAGAAUCUUCCCAAAAGCAAGUCAACGGCUCGAGUGACUUGGCGGGGGUGCUGGACAUCCACAGCUACGGCGGGCUGAUUCUGACCCCGUUUGGCAACUCGUCGGCUGCUCCCGACCAACCGUUUGGCGCUGCGUUUUUCAAACUGGGCCAACGCGUUCAAUCGGCCCUCCGAAACGUCAGCGGCGGCAACUACACGGCCAUUCAAGCGUUCGACUUGUACUUUGCCCAAGGCAUGUUUUGCGACUUUGUGUUUGCCACGUACAAAGUGCCGGCUCUGGUCGUGGAGAUUGAAGGGGCAGACUUUCGAGUGCCGGCGUCGACAAUCCAACGACGAGGGCGGGAGAUUGCAGCAGCAGUCGUCACGUUUGCGCAGAGCUUGGGCGACUGGGCCAGCGAAACCAACACCAAAAAGUCUGGGACAAAGCAGUCUACUGCUGCACGAGUAGUCGUCGCCGGACCGUGGUGGCUGUGCGUGGUAUUUCUUUUAACAGUUAGUGGAACGAUGAUGUAGGUAGUAAGUACCACGCAAGGUGGACGAAGGGGGUACGAGUAGUCUACGUAAAUUAAAUUAGUCGGUAGUUGGCUGCGGAAGCGAAAUUUUUAACUUAUUCUUACGUUUGCAGU